CAGCUGUUAGCUGCGAGCAUUCAUUCGUCUACCGCAGAACUUAAUCUAAUUACGCAUUUGCAAUCAACUGGACGUGAACGAAAAAGAAACGGAAACAUACAUUCAAUGGCAGACAGCGUAGAUUUGGGCAAGUGCUUCGAGAUCAUCAACAACCUGAUCACAGAGGCGGGCCGGCUGAUUGCCCGCAACAAUGAGACCCGGCAAGAGUUUGUGUGCAAGUCUGGGGACAUUGACUUGGUCACUCAAACCGAUCAGGAUGUGGAGAAAUUGCUCAUGGAUGGCAUUCGUCAGCAUUUCCCAGAUCACAAGUUCAUUGGCGAGGAGGAGAGCAGCUCCGAAGGCGGUGUCAAAAAGCUGACCGAUGCGCCCACCUGGAUAAUCGAUCCAGUGGACGGCACAAUGAACUUUGUGCAUGCAUUUCCGCACUCUUGCAUUUCCGUUGGCCUCAAGGUGAACAAGGUCACCGAAAUUGGCAUCGUUUACAAUCCCAUUCUGGAACAGCGUUUUACGGCCCGCCGUGGCCAAGGUGCCUACUACAACGGCCGCCGCAUACAGGCAAGUGGUCAACAGCAGCUGAACAAGGCGCUGGUAACCAGCGAAUUCGGUACCUCACGCGACGAGCAAAAGAUGCAGGUGGUCAAUGAGAAUUUCGCCAAAAUGGCCAAGCAUGUGCACGGAUUGCGUGUGCUGGGAUCAGCGGCUUUGAAUAUGGCUAUGGUAGCGCUUGGCGCUGCCGAUGCCAACUACGAAUUCGGCAUUCAUGCCUGGGACGUCUGUGCUGGUGAUCUGAUUGUACGGGAGGCGGGUGGAGUAGUCAUUGAUCCCGCCGGCGGCGACUUUGACAUCAUGUCACGCCGCGUCCUGGCCGCAGCUACGCCCCAACUGGCCCAGGAGCUGUCCAAAGUGCUGACCCAAUACCACCCCCAGCCCCGCGACGAUUAAGCGAAGCAGACCAUAAAUCGUCGCCAUCUGUGCAUUUGAUGACUAACCAAAAAGCAUUUGAUCAUUAUGAAACCAGUACGUUUAAUGAAAUUCCAUUGUUAAUUGAAAUAAAUCUCGAGACGUGUAAACAAUACA